AUGCCGCUUGAAUACCUUGCAACGGAGCUUUUGCUCCAUAUCUUCCGUUCCUGCGAAUCUGUCUCUGAUGUCUUGAACUUGGCCGCUGCCUCUCGCCGACUGCGCCGCGUUUUCCAAUCAACCAACAAGCUUCAGAUCCUAGCUAGCGCCGCCGACAGCGAGUUUGGUCCUCUGCAUGAUAUCAUCCAGGUGGUGACCCAGAAUGUGAGCCAGCCAGCCUAUGUCAUUCGCUGUCCGCCCAUGUCCGAUGGACUCCUGAAACAAGUUGUCCAACUGGGGUUGGUGGCACAUAAAUGGGAGACCAUUUAUCCCUUCAAGAAAUGGAAAGUUGACUACGAGAGUCGGCGCUCGUUGACCGACAAUGAGCGCCUGCGCCUGCGCCGUGCGCUCUACCGCUUGUGGCUGUAUCAUCGCGCAUUCCAUACCCAGGCGUAUGAUCGGCUUUCUCGGAACCUUCGACCCGUGGUAUUGGAGCGCGCCCAACUUCUGCACAACUGGUCGACUCCAGAGCUGGCUGAGAUUGAAGACCUGCGUCUGAUCAUGGCCGACGUCGUGCAAAACCACAUCUGCCCCAGCAACGGAACUAUUCAGCGUAAGUUCCACAAGCGCUAUCCGGAAAGCAGCCACCAGCCCACCUUCAAUAUCCACCUCAACUACCCACUCCCAACAUCUGCUUCAUCGUCAUUUGGGCGCUCGCUGUUUGAUAAGCCAAUUGUGGACCAUGGCUUUCAUACGGCCCAUCCCGCCAAUUUCACCGAGUCCCCAGCCAAGUAUCGCUCUCGAUUCCGAAAUGAUCUCUCCCACGACCCGGGAUUCGAGGGCUGGGGUGAUGAAAUUCCACACUACUACAUCGUUCAAGACAUGAUGAAGCUUGACCCCGGUGAAAUACUCUGGUUGCGAGAACGUGCUCUACUCAAGGAGCAGGUGGAAGAGUAUGUGGCGUCUCUUGGGAGCUGGUUUCGUGACAACGGCGAGACAUUCGGCGAUACGUUGGCUUUUGUCAUGGGCGAGCGAGGCGACGAUGAUGGCAACCUCCAUGCAGCCAUCGCUGGUCACGAGAUGGGUAUUGUGGUGGAUUAG